AUGCUGGCCCUGCUCUUGGUGGGUUGCCUGCCAUCCUGUCAUGGGACAGCUCUGAGGGGGGUCCUCGAACCAGCCAAACAGCACACAUAUCAUGAUGAAAUUCCUCGCAUAGUCCACCUCAUUACACUGAAACCAGCUGAGGAGUCUGAGAUGGAGUUCUCAUUCCAGUCUUUUCUCUGCAUGUACUCAGCCUACCAGUUCAUUCAACCAUCCGUAAUCUUUAUUCAUACAGACUACAGCCAAAGCGAGGUUCAUCGAGCUAUUAGAUAUGGUUCAUCAUGGACCCGAAAGAUCCUCACCACAUUCUCGGAUACGGUCAAGAUCAACCAUAUCACUCCACCAACCUCGACCGCCAACGGCCUACCUUUUGACUUCAUCGAACACAAAUUAGAUUUCAUACGCAUGGAGCAGAUGGCGAUAUAUGGCGGAAUCUAUCUCGACUGGGACGUCCUGACAUUACGCUCUCCCUUACCUCUCCUUCGUGCGGGAUUCGCCGCGAUCGUCGGACGGCAGGUCGACGGGAACAUCAACAACGGCUGCUUCAUGGCCAAGAAAACCUCAGCGCUCGUGCAGCUGAUGAUACAAGACAUGCCCACCGUCUUCACGGGGGAGCGGCAAACACACAGCACCGGCCUCAUCACCUCCAUCGCCGAGAGGAUCGCCUACGUCCCCGGCGAGGUGCUCAUCAUGGACUACAAGGCCUUCGCGCCCACGGACUGGUCCGACGAGAGGAGCACCUACGACUUGUUCUCCGAGAGACGGCCCGGCGAGAAGCUGGUCACGCUGGGCGAGCAGGCCAACGUCGCCACGCUCGAUGCGCUGGACAGAUGGAACAAGCGGGCCAAGGGGGCAAGCUGGGAGAUGGAUUUUAGCCAGACGUAUUUCUUGCAUGCGUUCAGUCCCGCGGGGAAGUCUUUGCCGCGGUUUGAGGGGAUUACUGUUCCUUAUAUCUUGAGGAGGAGAUCGAACUAUGCUUUGGCUGCGUGGCCGCUUGUGAUGCAGGGGACCAAGGAAGGGCUUAUCGAUGAACGGGAUGGGAUACUUCCGAGCUUUUGA